UCAUUUUUGCAAUGCAGGUUUAUUACUUCCGAGCCUCACAUGGCUGGAUCGCAGCGUCAGCGUGACCUUGCUGAACAUAUCGCAGAAAAUUGGAGGACGUAUGGGUUUGAUGCAGUAGAAAUGCCGGAGUACAAAGUGCCACUCUCUCUCCCUCAGGAGAACAAUCCAAACAAAGUAGAAGUUGUUGUGAACGGGACUAUCGCUCAUACAAUUACAGGGAAAAUUAAGGUAGGAGGUCUACUGGAGAUUGACAAUUACCAUGGGCUUUUCUUGGAUAGUACAUACAUGCGAAAAAACAAAACAAAACAAACAAGUAACUCGUUACACCUUAAAAUUAGCGUGUGUGUUCUCCGUACUGCUCUUUGCACAUUGCCUUUUAUGAACGACGGCUUGGGCAACGCGAAGCGGCGAGAGGUCUACAAGGGGUUUAACACUGCGUGAUCCCCUGCAAACGUUUUCCCGGGUUGCGGGAAUGUCUAGCAGUUUUAAUAAGUAGAACCGCCUCGAACGCUACUCACAGCGAGUAUCGCCAUUUUUUUCAUUGUUUUUGCAGGCAAAACCUGAGCCUACUGCAACGAAAGCAUUUGACCAUUUUCCGUAUUUUGCUUACUCACCAAACGGAACUGUUGAGGGUGAACUUGUAUACAUUAAUAAAGGAUCUAAGGCUGACAUCGCUCUUCUCAACCAUAACAAUGUGUCUUUAACAAACAAAAUUGUCAUCGCAAGAGGAAUUCAAGCACAGGUAAGUGAUAAAUAUUUUUUUCGACCUCGUGGUUAAAAUCGCUAAAACAAAAGCCUUUUUGUCAGGUAACGUACUAAAGACCACGUCCAAUCAAAAAUUAAUUCUCAGAAAUAAAACUUGUUUCAGGUGAUUUUUAAGGGACAAACACUAAAAGUUGUAAUUUAUUUGAUAGUUUAUGGGAAUAAUCUGAUGUUAUAUCAUGCAAUGCCCAUUUCUUUACGUUAAUAUUCUAAAAUAUAUUUCCACAUUCAUAAAAGAUUCACCUGGCGGCCAGACUUGGUGCUGUUGGAGCACUAAUAUUUCCAGACGUGCACUCAUCCAGACCAAAUAAUACCUACCCUUACACAUCAAAGAUCUCUGGUGACGCUGUAUUCGAAAAAACAGUGGCCACAAAUUGGGGUGACUCGCGCACUCCCGAAAUUCCAUCUAUUGACGGGUUGUACCGAGGUGCCAGAAAUAUGACUGCUUUCGGAAUAAUACCAUCACAGCCCAUCUCCUACAACGAUGCUCUGGUAUUGCUGAAACAGCUUCGAGGUUAGAGAAACGGUAUUUAAAUAAAGAAACUAACUGUGCAUCGUCUCUAGGAAGGUGACUGGUAAAUGUAUAUUUUGUCUAAAUAGAACUUUCACUAGGAUACCCACCUUUUUUUCAAAUUCAAAUUUAGUUCUUGAGGUAACACAAAUAAUGAAGAAAAGAGAAAAAGACAACAUUUUUGGUGUAUUGUUAAUCCCUUUUGGAGUUAUUAAAAUUUUGAUCACCGGUCACAAGCAUUUAUGUUAGCGAAAACUUUUCUUCCACUUUGUUUUUGAAGCUCGUACGUGACCUCCUUAAUGCAGUGAUUUUCAAAACGCCCUCUGUUUUUAUUAGGUCUUGUUUAGUUUUGUUUGUUUUUGUUAUUGUUGUUGUUUUUAUGCGAAUGAAUGUUUUCUUUCCCUUUCCAUCCUGAUUUCAAUUGGAGAAAAUCAUUUUCAUUCGGUUUUAUGAAAAAUCUUAAGGUUUUGUUUGAUUUGCAGGGAAUCCUGUUCCCAGAGAUUGGCAAGGAGCUCUAAAAUUUUCUUUUGGAUUUGGUCCUGGUUUUCGGACGCCUAACAGCACCGCGCGACUUCAUGUUAAUAACGCAGUAGAAAUAAAAUCCAUUUAUAAUGUUAUUGGAACAAUUUAUGGUCGUGAGGAACCAGACAGAUACGUAUUAAUCGGCAGUCAUCGAGAUGCUUGGUUUUUGGGAGCCGCUGACCCUUCGAGUGGCACCGCAGCUCUAUUGGAAAUAUCGCGCGCUGUCAGCAAGAUGCUUCGAGAAGGAUGGAGACCUCGACGAACCUUGAAGUUCUGUAGUUGGGGGGCGGAGGAGUUUGGCCUGAUUGGCUCAAUAGAAUGGGUAGAACAAAAUCAGAAGAUUCUAUCCGAUAGAGCCGUUGUUUAUUUGAACACAGACGUGGCCGUUGGUGGCAAUUACGUAUUGGCAACCCAAAAUUGCCCCCUUCUCUCGACAGCCAUAUUUGAUUGGGCCAAGAAAGUCAGAGAUUCCAACGCACACGGGAAUAAAACAAGCCUGUAUGACAUAAUGGUGGAAAGAAUGCCUUCACCCAACAAUCCCAGCGAGCCCUAUGUUGUACCUUACUUUUUUCUCAGUGAUUACGUCCCUUUUUAUAUGUAUGUGGGGAUACCUUCCGCCGAUUUCAGCUAUUUCUAUGGGCCUGGAAUGGAACUGUACCCUGUCUAUCACACGCAAGAAGACAACUUUUACUGGAUGAAAACAUUCAUCGAUCCUAAGUUUGAGUUUCACGAGGCUGUUACAAAAUUUGAAGGAGGCUUACUGAUAGAACUGUCAGACAUCUCUAUUUUACCAUUCGAUGUCAAGCGUUACGCAAAUGCUCUACUAGCCGGCUAUAAAGUACUACCCGCAAAAAUGCAUAGCGAAACACUUCCGACUAAAUACAUUCAAAGAGCAAUUUAUGACUUUAUGAAUGCCAGCCACACUUUCGAACGAGCCAAGUCAAAAAUUAAUCUGAAAACUGCUGAUCCAUUGCGCGUGCGCAUGGUCAAUGAUCAAAUGGUGCAAAUUGAGAAGGCUUUCAUCAGUUCUUCGACGCUUUCCGAAAGUUUUAUAUCCCGACACUUGUUUUCGCGCACAGCUUUACCUUUCCCAGGGGUGUCCCAGGCAUAUAAAGAAGGAGACAUAAAUGAAGUGAAAAAGCAGAUGACGUUAGUGGCGGAAGCCAUCUCUUCUGCAACGAAAAUCUUACAGCUGCCACCUCCUGCCUAA